CCCAUCUCUCUCUCUCUCUCUCUCUCUCUCGACCAGCUGCGCGGACGGUCGCUGCCCGUGCUCCCCUGCCGCCGGAUUGAUCCAAAGGCACAGACAUACAAAUACGAGUUUCUGGAAUUUCUCUAGACGAUUUAUCGAGUGAAGAAAAUCAGCUUGUGACAAGUGCAAUCCAACAAGAUUCCUAGUUUCUCCAUGUAAUUUCUUGUCCUAGCAUGCCAAAAUCAUAGUCUUGGCUUCACUCAACCACAAGAGAAAACCAGCAUGCGGCUUUCAUCAUCUCUCCAUGAACUGCCAACAUUCUUGAAAGUAAAUCCGGUGGAGGGUGACAUUGACCCUGAAACUGUUAGAAGUUAUGGCCAUGCAAAACCUCUUCGUGCUCUAGUGAGAGAGGGUGCUACUGGAUAUAGCCUUUCAAAGGAGAAGUCCUCUCUAGCAACCCCAACUAAAAGAAGGAAAUGGAUACGGGCAGCUGUAGGUGUUAUUGCUAUUCUCUUAUUAUUUUUAUUCAUUUACAUAUGUUCAAGAUAUCUCAGUACUUAUUUGUCACAUGAAACAUCGGAGUAUCAUGUCAUACUUGAUUGCGGAAGUACUGGUACUCGAGUUUAUGUCUAUGAGUGGUCUAUUAAUGGAAAUAAAGGCCGCUUAGCUUUACCUAUUGUCUUGAGAUCAUUACCUGAAGGUCCGCAAAGAAAAUUUAGUGCACGAAGUGGCCGUGCUUAUCAGCGUAUGGAAACGGAACCUGGUUUUCAUAAACUUGUCCACAACGAAACUGGGUUGAAGGCUGCAAUAAUGCCACUUCUUCAGUAGGCUGAGAGACAGAUACCCAAGCGCGCUCGCAGAAAUGCCUCUCUCUUUCUUUAUGCUACAGCUGGGGUUCGCAGGCUACUGAGUUCUGAUUCUGAGUGGCUUCUGGACAGGGCAUGGAAUAUUUUGAAAAGUUCAUCAUUUUUGUGUAAGAGAGAUUGGGUCAAGAUCAUAACUGGCAUGGAAGAAGCUUAUUAUGGAUGGAUAGCUCUUAAUCAUCAUAUGGGUAUGCUAGGUUCGUCACCAAGUAAAAAGACAUUUGGUGCACUUGAUAUGGGUGGUUCAUCAUUGCAAGUUACUUUUGAGACCGAGAAGCCAAUGCAUGAUGAGACUAGCAUAAAUUUGAGAAUUGGAGCCGUGAGUCAUUAUUUAAGUGCAUAUUCUCUGUCUGGAUAUGGACUAAAUGAUGCAUUCGACAAAUCUGUAAGCCAUCUUCUCAAAAGGUUAUCAGGCACUGCUGUCGCUGGCUUAAGUAAUGGAAAACUUGAGCUUAGGCAUCCAUGUUUGCAGAUCGGGUACAGAGAGGAGUAUACCUGUUCUCGUUGUGCUACAAUUAAUCAAGAAGGAAGUCCUCUGAUUGGAGGGAGAAUCAGUUCUGGGCAUGCUGGAAUGGCUGGAAUGGUUGUUGAACUGCUUGGUGCUCCUAAUUGGGAAGAAUGUAGUGCUCUUGCAAGAAUAGCAGUUAAUCUGUCUGAAUGGUCUAGUACAAGUUCUGCAGUUGAUUGUAAACUCAAGCCAUGCGCUCUUGGUGAUAAUUUACCUCGUCCACAUGGAAAAUUCUAUGCGAUGUCUGGUUUCUUUGUGGUCUUUCGGUUUUUCAACUUAACUUCCAAGGCUACCCUUGAUGAUGUCCUAAAAUUGGGUAAGGAAUUCUGUGGGAAAACAUGGGAAGUUGCAAGGAACAGUGUUGUGCCACAACCUUUCAUAGAACAGUAUUGCUUUCGGGCACCAUACAUUGCUUCACUAUUAAGAGAGGGAUUGCAGAUCAAAGAUAACCAAGUGGUCAUUGGUUCUGGUAGUAUUACUUGGACACUGGGAGUUGCAUUAGCAGAGGCUGGACAAUCAUUGUCGAGCAGCAUUGAUCUUCAGAGCUAUAAAAUAUUCCAUACAGAUAUAAAUCCAUCUUAUCUUCUUCUACUUCUUUUGGUGUCAAUUAUACUCUUGCUUGGUGCACUAUCUUGUGUUAGCAAAUGGACCCCAGGAUUUUUCCAGAGAUCAUAUCUCCCACUUUUUAGGAAUAACAGUGCAACCAACUCAGCUCUCAAUAAGUCAUCUCCAUUCGUUUUCCAACGAUGGAGUCCCAUAAAUUCAGGCAACGGAAGAGUAAAGACACCACUUAGUCCUACUGUUUCUGGCUCUGAACAGCACCCUUUCGGCAUGGGAUAUGGAUUCGGUGGUAGCAGCAUUCAGCUUAUGGAAUCGUCUUUGCACCCAUUAUGUGUUUCUCAUAGUUAUUCCUCUGGUAGCUUAGGUCAGAUACAGUUUGGCGAUGGAAUGGGAUCCUUCUGGCCACCUCACCGGGGUCAGACAACUCUUUCAAGCCGAAGAUCACAAUCUAGAGAAGACCUCAGUGCUUCAUUGGCAGAAGCCCAUAUAGCGAAGGUUUAACAUAUCUGUGCUGUUGACAAGCUGGUACGGACCCUUAAUUUUUAACAAGCCAUGUAUAUAAUAGCAUAGAACUGUUAGAUGUCUUAACCAACAAAAAUUAUUUCCUACACAAGGCAUCAUAAGAAAGAUGGAUGGAAAGAUAAUACUUAUAUAAUGUUAUUUAUUGCCAUUAUCUUUCGAUAGUACAUUGAGAAUACCAUGAGAAUUAGAGCUUUCAAUUCAUUUUCGAACACUCAAGAUCCUCAUAGGUUGUAUAUAUUUUUUAAGCGAUUCUGUUGAAGUAAGUUUCAUGUUGUAACAAAUCAGAAUCUGUAAGACAAUGUGCCCACCUGCAUCACUGCAGCAUAUUCUUCUAU